CCAGAAUGAACAGGAAACAGAACGGAGACCUCGGACUUGAAGCCGAUUAGUAGAUACUGCUCACUCGUUGCCUCACGUUGAUCAUAGAAAGUCUCCUCUUUGUUCCUGAUGAAACCAAAUCUCAACAUCGACACUAGAUAUCAGUUGUUUCAUAUUGUUAUCAUAAAUCCAGCAAAAGAAAUCUAGGCCCUGAAUCUACUGCUAGUAUCAGUCACUCACUAUUUCUGACCCCCACUAUCUCCAACCUCAGAUCAAGAGCAUUACAAAUACAACCCCCAGCACCUUUCAAACAAACAACACUCAAUGUCAACUACCACUUCAGGUCCAGGGUUGCCCGAGAUCGCAGCUCUUCAAAACGACGACUCAAUGUUGACUCGCCGUUUUGGAAAAGAGGUUGUCAACUACUACGCUGGUGGCCGUGUCAACAGAUACUCUUUUCUGCGUGCCGAUACUGGCUUUCUUCGACAAGCCUUCAACAGCCCUACAGCUAGAUAUCUGGCAGUCCAUGAUUUGAACCCUCUGGUUGUUGACAAGAAGACUCCGGCCUAUCUGACUUUUAAGGAUGUCGAGCCUCUGAUCGGACCGGACCAUUUCGCUCUCACUGAGGAUGAAGCUAUCCAGAGCUUCAACUCUGCUGAUACCAGGCCCCUGGUUGUUUUCAUUGGCAUGCUAGAGGAAGGUAACGAGAAGGAUUCAAUCCCUUCUUCCGACCAUGGGGAUAUUCAGGGCCACCCCUAUUUCGCCAUUGACAUCACUCCCAAGGGAAACCACGCUGAGAAAGUUACUCAGUUCUUGGAGGAACAGGAGAAGAAAGGACUGUCUUUGGACAAGAACCCUCGAGCAAUGAAUCAGUCUCCUGAGGCUGCCGCUGUUUACGCCCAAGCUAGAUCAAUCAUUGACUGGAAUACACGAACUCCCUUCUGCGCCGGCUGCGGACUGCCCAACCUCUCAGUUCACGCUGGUUACAAGCGCGUCUGCCCUCCCGCCGAUAAGAAAGGCGGAACUUCCAGUGAACCCCGAGGUGACUGUCCCACCCGUCACGGUGUCUCAAACAUCUGUUUCCCUAGAACGGAUCCAACGAUGAUCGCCGCUGUUGUUUCCGCAGACGGAACAAAGAUUCUUCUCGGUCGCCAGAAGCGCUGGCCUCCUUACUGGUACAGCACGCUUGCUGGUUUCCUUGAGCCCGGUGAGUCAAUCGAGGAGUCGGUUCGGCGAGAGGUUUGGGAGGAGAGCGGUGUUCGUGUUGGGCGUGUGGUUAUUCACUCGAGUCAGCCGUGGCCUUAUCCUUCCAGCUUGAUGAUUGGGGCUAUUGCUCAGGCUCUACCUGGUGAUGGCGAGAAGAUCUCUCUGAACGACAAGGAGUUGGAGGUGGCUAAGUGGUUCUCCAUGGACGAAGCCCGCCAGGCUCUUAAGAAUGGAACGAGCAGCCUUGGAGAGCCUGCUCCCGAGGGCUACAAGGAGGGAGAAUUGCGAUUGCCUCCUCCUCAGGCUAUUGCCAAUCGGUUGAUUACUGCUGUUGUUGAAGGAUAUUUGACUGUGGGCCCUAAGAUGUGAUGGAGUGUUGAUAGACUAUAUAGCAAGUGUUCGGAAGAUGAAGCAUAGAAGCGUUGAUUAUGGUGACAACUAGUGCUGAAAUUGAAUGAUAUCUUAACAUUUAGUGAGGUAUA